AUGUCAAAGACUGCGCAAAAACGUCUUUUCAAAGAGCUCACUCAAUUGAUCAAAGACAGUCCUCAGGGGAUUGUAGCGGGUCCUAUAACGGAAGAUAACCUUUUUGUAUGGGAUUGUCUGAUCAGUGGACCACCAGACUCUCCAUAUGAAGGCGGGGUGUUCAAUGCACGUCUAGAGUUUCCCCGCGAUUAUCCGUUGUCUCCACCUAAAUUAUUGUUCACACCUAGCAUUCUGCAUCCCAAUAUCUAUCCCAACGGUGAGGUGUGCAUUUCCAUAUUACACUCGCCAGGUGACGAUCCAAACAUGUACGAGCUAGCAGAAGAGCGCUGGUCGCCGGUCCAAAGUGUCGAAAAGAUUUUGCUGAGUGUCAUGAGCAUGCUCAGUGAGCCCAACAUCGAGUCUGGGGCCAACAUUGACGCAUGCAUUCUGUGGAGAGACAACCGUGCAGAAUUUGACAAACAGGUCAAGCGUUCGAUAUUGAGAUCACUAGGGCUAUAG